GCUCCUCACUUACCGCAUCUUCUAGAAAGUAGAAACCCCGCGCCACACGUCCUCCCCGCUUCCUCACACCACCCACCACCAUCUCUGAGUCGUCUCUGUUUCUCUCUCUGUUUCUCUAGAAAUAAAUAACGCGUUUUGGGGGGCGAGGUCGUCAUCGCCAUCGCAUUUCCUCAAUUAAUUUUCCUUUAUAAUAAUUCCAACUCUCCUCUCUUCACAGUGACAGUCACUCGUUCUCAAUUCUUCCACUUUGACAAAUCUACACGCCAUCUAAUCCAUACCCUGCUUCUUCGAAACUUCCUCCCACCCAUCCCUUCUGCCAGCACCCCUCUUGCUCUCUCUUUCUCUAUAUUACUGCCCUUCCUUCCCACUUCAUCUCCCUCUCUCAUACCCUUCUUCGGCUCUGUGUAAAUCUAUACAAUAUAUACAGACAUAUCUAGAAGCAUAAUCACAACGCAGCGUUUGUUUUAUUUACCAUUUCUGCGAGAUAAUAAGGAGAAGAGCAAGAACCAGGAGGAGAAUUCCUGAUUGGGUCUUGUAAAGAUGGAGAACAAUCAGCAGUCCUUUUGGCAGUUCAGCGACCAGCUUCGUCUUCAGACUUCGAGCUUCGCGAACCUCUCUAUCAACGAUUCCAUAUGGAGCACAUCCUCCGGGGCGAAGAACGAGCGGCGCAAUUUCGACGUCAGGGUCGGUGGAGAGGUCAAUUCCUCGUCUGGGUCGAAGCAGACGGAGCCCGAUUUUAAUGGGUUCAACAACGGGUGGAAAUUCGGGGGCGGGGGCAUCAUCGGAGACGGCGGUGCGAUUGGGGGAAGUUCCUUUAAGAACGUCAAUGGGGUUAAUGGCGGAUUCAACAAAGGUAUUUAUUCGAAGCCUUUGAGCCUGAAUCACAACAGUAAAUUCAAUAGCAUCAACACAAAAGGAGGAAAGAAUGGUCUUGGGAAGGGCGAGGAUGAUCGUGUUGGAGGCAAGGUGGGGAAGAAGAACGGUUAUAGUAAUAAGAACGGCGGCGGUGAUAAUAAUAGUAAUAGUAAUAACAAUAAGAACAGUUCUGAUAAGAGAUUCAAGACCCUUCCACCAUCGGAGUCUCUGCCCAGAAACGAAACCAUUGGUGGGUAUAUCUUUGUCUGCAACAACGAUACGAUGCAAGAAAAUCUCAAGAGGCAGCUCUUUGGUUUACCUCCACGCUAUAGAGAUUCAGUUCGGGCAAUAACACCAGGCUUGCCCCUCUUCCUCUACAACUAUUCUACCCACCAACUCCAUGGGGUGUAUGAGGCUGCAAGCUUUGGAGGAACAAACAUAGAUCCGACAGCCUGGGAGGACAAGAAAUGCCCCGGUGAAUCGCGCUUCCCUGCCCAGGUAAGAGUCCUUACAAGGAAGAUCUGUGAACCAUUAGAAGAGGACUCAUUCAGGCCAAUUCUCCACCAUUACGAUGGACCAAAGUUCCGCCUUGAGCUGAACAUACCCGAGGUAAUCUUACCAAAAUACUUGUACAAGCCAUUUGCCUGUUUGAAGGGCAUAGUUCUGAUCUAUUCUCCUGUUUGAACUUCACAGGCAAUCUCCCUUUUGGAUAUAUUCGAGGAGAGCAACCUGUGAGCUACGCAGUGCGUCUGCAGAGGCAUACAUAUACAAAUACAAGCUGCCGUGGAGGCAUACAUAUACUAUACAAAAUAGCGAAAGAAAAAGAGAAAUGAGAAAAGCAGAGAGGAAAUAGAGGUGUUUGGUUUUUAAUCUGUAUUGGGUAUGAACACUUGGGUAGAGGAAGGCCAGGGAAGAGAAGGGUGCUGUAAAAUAUGUUCUAUGUGAUGUGUAAACUCUUUUGUAUGGUUGUUACAAAGUUAUACUUGUCCUACUUAGAUAUAUAAAUAAUAAGCUUACUUAUAUGAUCAGUAUACUUCUGCCAUUUUAGUUUGAAUGAUUUAUAGAAAGUUGAGCUUAUGUACAUGCCUUCGCCAUUGGCACUCUCUUUUCUGAACACAACAUGAGAUUGUAAUAAAAUGAAAUAGAUCUUUUCUUAA